UAUGGCUUCAUGAUCUCAGGGACUUGGCUUAUGAUAUGGAGGACGUUCUCGAUGGAUUCCGCGCUGAUGUCCAGAGGAGCACUGUGAUGGCAAAACCUCACCAGGGUUGCACCAGCGAAUUCACCCUCAAAUGCUUUCCUUGUUUCAAACCCAAUGAUUUUGUGUUUGACUCCGAUACCAUUUCUAAAGUGAAGCUGAUAGCUGAGAGAUUGCAAAAAAUGAUAAAACGAUCGCAGACCUUGAGCCUAGUGAGUUCCACAAUGCAAGCUGGAGAGAAGCUUGACAGAGCAGCUACAAGACCGGUAACCACUACCCCUCAACCUGAAUCGCAGGUUUAUGGUCGAAAAGAUGAUAAAGAGGCCAUUCUUCAAAAGUUGCUCAAUGGGGAAGGGGGUUCGGAGGCGUAUUGUGUUCUUCCCAUUGUUGGGAUGGGAGGUAUUGGCAAGACCACUCUAGCUCGACAAGUUUACGGGGCGGCAGAGCAGAAAAACUUUCAGCGCAAAGCCUGGGUUUGUGUCUCUGAUCAAUUUGAAGUUAAGAGCAUCACAAAAAACAUUCUAAUAGAAUUAACUAAGGGAGGUUGUGAUCUGCAAAACCUGACUUUGAAUUUGCUUCAAGAAAAGUUGAAAGAACAGCUGUCGAACAAGAAGUUUCUACUCGUACUGGAUGAUGUUUGGAAUGAGGACUGCAAUCGAUGGGAUAACCUAAAAGUCCCUUUCAAAUCAGGAGCACCAGGAAGCACAAUAAUCGUCACAACUCGCAACGAGCAUGUUGCAGAAAUCAUGGGCGGGAAGGAUAGUAUUUACCAACUAAAAGUACUUGAGGAUGAUAAGUGCUUAUCAAUAUUAGCCCAAGAGGCACUUGGAGUAGAGAACUUUGAUGCACACCCAGGUUUGAAAGAUGUUGGUCAGGAAAUGGUUAAAAUGUGCAAAGGAUUGCCUUUGGCUGCAAAAAUGCUUGGAGGCCUCUUACGUGCUUUGAUGUUGAGUUACCAUCAUCUUCCUUCUCAUUUGAAGCAAUGCUUUUCCUAUUGUGCAAUAUUUCCGAAGGAUCACCAAUUCAACAAAGAGGAGUUAAUUUUCUUGUGGAUGGCAGAGGGGCUCUUGCAAAAACAUCCAGGAGAAGAAAAUCAAACUGAAGACAUUGGUCAUCAGUAUUUCUCUGAGCUACUUUCUAGAUCAUUCUUCCAACACUCAAGCAAUGAUGAAUCGAGGUAUGUAAUGCAUGACCUCAUACAUGAUUUAGCUCAAUACAUCGCUGGAGAAACAUGUUGCAAUCUUGAAAAUAUAUUGGAAGCAAAGAAAGAAGGUCUGAGAGCAUUCGUUCCCAUUAAUUCAUCACCAUUCACAAAUAAUCUAUCAAUUACUGUGAUGCAUGAUUGGUUAGUGAAGUUAACAUGCUUGAGGGCAUUGUCUCUUCGAAGUUAUAACAUAAGAAAGCUUCCAGAUUCAAUUGGAGAUUUGAAGUGUUUGCGAUACCUUAAUUUGUCUAAAACUGCCAUAGAAACCUUACCUGAAUCCAUAGGUUUCCUUCUGUCAUUACAGACAUUGUUGUUACAGAAUUGUGCAAAGUUCUCCAAAUUUCCUGCAACAAUUGGGAACUUGAAUGACCUUCGUUAUCUUGAUAUUACCAAUACACCAUCUUUGAUAGAUAUGCCGCAUGAAAUAGCUAAUCUCAAAAAUCUUUUGAUAUUGCCCAAAUUCAUAGUUAGGAAAACCAAUGGGCUGAGAUUAAGUGAUGUGAAGAACUUGUUACAUCUUCGAGGGUAUCUAUCUUUUCUGGAUCUACAAAAUGUUUCUGACAAUUUAGAUGCCAUGCAAUCCAACAUACACAUGAUUGAAGCUCUAGAUGAGUUGAAGUUAAAUUGGACUGCUGAUUUUGAUGAUUCAAGAAAGGGAAGUGAUAUUGAAGCAGAAGUACUCAGCUCUUUAAGACCUCAUCCAAAUUUGAAAAAGUUGACAAUUAGUUGCUAUGGUGGUAAGCGAUUUCCAUCUUGGAUUGGUGAUCAAUUUUUUUGCCAUUUGUUCUAUUUGAGGUUGUCUGGUUGUAGAAACAGCACUUUGUUGCCAUCAGUUGGGCAAUUACCUGCACUCAGAGAGUUGAUUAUUAAAGGCAUGGACGCAAUUGAGACUGUUGAUUCUGAGUUUUAUGGGCAUGGUGCUUUUACAUCUUUGCAGAUCCUUAAGUUUCACAGCAUGUUAAACUGGGAGAAAUGGGCUUUUCUGACUAGCACUGGAGUAGAAUUCUCAUGUUUGAAGGACCUUGAGAUUGCAAAUUGUCCUAAGCUGAUGGGAAAUUUACCCAGCAACCUUUCUUCUCUCACUAAUCUUGUGAUAAGGGGAUGCCCAGAGUUAACAUGUUCAUCUUUAAGUCUUCCAUGUCUUGAAAAACUAUGCAUUGCAGGUUGCAAGCAAGUACUUCUGGAGAGCAUGGUUAAUUUGACGUCGCUCACAAUGUUGAAAAUUUCAGAUAUUUUGGGACUUGGUUGCUUGCCCAAGAGUUUUACAGAUUCCUUGACUGCGUUAGAGAAUAUAGAGAUUGAAAGGUGCCAGGAGCUUACCUAUUUGUGGGAGGAAGGAGCGGAUACAUCAAACCUUGCUCAUCUUGAACGUAUGGAAAUUGAGGAGUGCCCUCUGCUUGUGUCAAUAUCAUGGGGAGAACAAGGCCUCAUGCCUCCCAAUGUCAAAUAUCUUUCUCUGUAUAAUUGUGGGGCUUUGAAGUGUUUACCUGAUGUUAUGAUGAUGAGGGCAGAUGGAAGCAACAACAUGGUGAGACUUGAAGAGUUGAGAAUUGAGGAUUGUCCUUGUCUAGAACGUUUUCCAAGAGGGAAGUUACCGGCCACUUGUCAACUCUUAAAGAUAGGAGGUUGUGCCAAAGUAGAGUCUUUACCGAAGGGAAUAUUGGUGCAAGAAGAUGAUGGUGACGACAGCAACAAUAUUGAAAAUUUGAAAGUCAUAAGACUUUCAUCUUUAAAUUUUAUUCCUAGUGACGAUCGAUUACCAGCUGCUCUUAAGAAAUUUAAAAUUGAAAAUUGCCUCAGGUUGGAAUCAAUUUCAGAGAGGAUGCUGCAACAUUGUACAAGACUUGAAACGAUGGACAUUUGCAAUUGUGUGAAUUUGAAAAGCUUAUCCUUCGACGGCCUCAGCAAUCUCACUUUUUUAUCCAUUGCAGGAUGUGAUGCUUUAGAGUCCUUCCAGGAGAUGCCGAAGUUGAGCUUAUCUAUCCCCAAUAUUAAAUUUUUUAAUAUAUGUGAUUGUCAAAACCUCAAGUCCCUACCAAAUAAGAUGGACAACCUCACGUCGCUUCAAGGCUUGAUUAUAAAUGGGUGUCCAGGCAUCAAGUCAAUUCCUGAAGGGGGUUUGCCCCCAAGCCUAACUCAUCUUUCAAUUAGUUGUGAGAAUUUGAAGCAGCCUAUGCGAGAAUGGGGCCUCCACACCCUCACUUCUCUUGGUCACUUCUCCAUUGGUCAUUUAUGUCCUCCAAAAAAUGUGCUUCCUUCUUCUUUAACCAUUCUUCGGAUAUAUGCCGUUCAGAAUCUGAAAUCCAUACCCAGAGGCCUCCUCCAAAACCUUAACUCUCUUACACUGUUAGGGAUCUGGAGGUGCCCAAAGCUACAAUCCUUGCCAAGAGAAGGCCUACCUCCAUUGCUGGGAGAACUCGAUAUCCAUGACUGUCCGCUUCUAAAAAGAAAGCGUUUUCAGGAGAAAGGAAAGUAUUGGCCUCUCAUAGCCCACAUUCCCCGCGUUGUGAUAACAUAUAGAGAGUGCAGCAGUUUGAUAGGACAUCCCAAUAUUUUCUAUUUGCAGCAGCUCCGCGUGGACUUGAUAGCUUUCAAGAGGGUGCAACAUUUUGAUAAUGCAUAUCAGUAUCCUCUUUUUGUAGCAGCACCAUAUGAGAUCAUAACUUUCGAGAUCUCUAGCACUGAGAUUGACAAAUCCACUCCCAAAUUCUUCUCAGAUUGGGAUCCUGACUUCAAAAUGUUCAUGCUUGCACCUACAGGUUUGUUUCAAAAGUCGAAGCCACCAAGGGCAAACAAACAUCUGCCUGUCCCUGCAGCUACUGGAAAGGCAGUUUCAGCUGCUCCUCUAAGAUCUCUGCUCCCACCAAGCUCCACCACCUCCACCUUCAUGACAACAAUCGCCAAAUCCUCCCUGAGCCACACCACCUCAAGUUUCUAGCUCACUACUGCUGCUACUUUCUAUGACAUGGCCCUAGGCCUACACUGCCGGGUGGAACCACACUGCCACCGCCCUUACCUUAUAAAGGCAACGGAACAAU